AUGAAGCAGUGCAAGACCAUAUUGGUUGGUGGAGUGCAGACAGAGUAUGUGUCUGAUACAGAUAGCGAUUCUGACGAGGAUUGCAAGAUGCUGGGUUCAAGUUGGAUCAAACCCAGUCCUGUUGCUGUGAACAUGGAUAGGACUGAAAAGGGGGAUGUGGAUGAUCCUGCCAAUGCAAGCAAUGGAGAGUCUCUGCAGACGCAUAAUCUGUUACGGACGGCAAAUGGUGGGGUGGUUGAGUUAGCAUAUCCUUCAGGAAGUCCUUCAAGUUUUGAAGCAAAAGUCUCUGCAGAUCUGUAUUUCAAUGAAGAUUCGAGCCAUUACAGUUCUAGAAAGGAAGUCAAAGUGAAAGAGAAGCUUGUCUUGGGGAAUAACAAUUCUCGUGCUGAUGCUAAUGUGGGCUCUGCAGUCGGUACCAGUUCCAGCAAAUUCAAUCCUGAUAGCAAAGGAAAGGGAAAGAUGGUUGUAGAAGAUAGUCUAUCAUCUCUGAGCUCAAGUGAGGACGAGCCAGAUUUCGAUCCUGUUGAUUCCAAAGAGACUCAGCUCAACUCAGGAUCAGUUUCUGCUUCUAUGGAGUCACUUCGCAGACAAUCAGCAAAAGAGAGGGCUAUCAGGCUGGCCCCUAAAUUUGCAUUCUUCAAAGCAGAUAAAGAUGAGCAUAGUGAAGAUGAUGAAGAAGAAGAGCUACAGGCUGACCCUGACGCUCAGGACUGGCCAGGCCCAUUUGCAACUGCUGCAAGGAUAUAUGAAGAAAGAGAAGCUAAGUUGAGAGCUCGAGAGUUGAAUUCUUCAAAGGUGGGCAAAUCUGCAAAUAGGGUCAUUGUUUGGUCGCCUUCAAAGGAUAGGAAAAAUCCAGCACGAGCUCAAGCCCCGUCACUUACAAGCUUAUGCUUAAACACCCUUGCGGAACAUUCUGAAUGUAUUGAAUCUCUUGGAGGUAUCCCAGAGGAGCUAAAGAAUAAGCUGUUAAAGAUUCUGUGUCAUUCCAGGAAGAUGAAGACUCAUCUUCUCCAUGAACUACUGUGUGACAGUCCUACAGAACUGCAUCUCAGUGAGUGUUCAUGGCUGAGUGAGGAUGACUUUGAGAAAACUUUUGAGAAAUGCAGCACUGAAAGCUUGCAGGAUCUACAGCUUGAUAUAUCUGGGAGAUGCAUGCCUGAUUACAUAUUGCCAUCUACCUUAGCUAAGGUUCCUAACUGCAUGCCAUUGUUGAGAAAAAUAUCUCUGAAGGGAAAUUAUCGGCUUUCUGAUAAUGGUUUAGGCACAAUCAUCUCUGCUGCACCUUCUUUAUCCUCCCUAAAUCUGUGCGAGUGUUCUCUUCUCACUUCAUCUGGAAUUGAUAUUCUUGCAAACAAGUUACAUUCAGUUCUUAGAGAACUGUAUAUAGAUGAAUGCACAAACGUGGAUGCUAUGGCGAUUCUUCCUGCUCUACAGAAGAUUAAUCAUCUAGAGGUUUUAUCAAUGUCUGGAAUACAGUCCGUGUGUGACAAGUUUGUGAAGGAGCUCAUUGUUGUUCAUGGUUCAAAUCUGAAGGAGUUAGCAUUUGCUGGUUGCUUGGAACUUACCUCAUUUUCCAUCAAGACUAUUGGGGAAUACUGUCAAGAAUUAACUUCGUUGGACCUCCGCAACUUGGAUAGGCUGCGUGACUCAGCAAUGAGGCAUCUUCGCGGCUGUAGGCUAAUAAGGAAACUAAAGCUUCAAAGAAAUGCAUUCAGUGAUGAAGCUGUGUCUCAAUAUUUGGAAAAAUCUGGAGGAUGCCUGACUGAGUUAAUGCUAAACAAUGUUAAGAAGGUUGGAGACCUUACUGCCCUCGCAAUUUCUCGCAAGUGUUCUGUUCUAUUGGAGGCCCUGGAUCUUUCCUUCUGCCGUGAACUGACAGACGAAGCUUUGGGGCUGAUUGUGGAUGGCUGCCCAUCAUUGAGAAUUCUUAAACUAUUUGGUUGUACCCAGGUCACGGAUUUGUUCCUCAAGGGUCACUCAAACACAUCGGUCAAAAUCGUCGGAAUAGAAGGGAGCAUACUCGUGCAAAUGGAUAACCGUUAG